AUGCAAGCAUUGCGGGAUUACGUCACAGCUGCAGAUGGCUACAGAUAUGCCAACCAGGCUGCUAGCACCCUGCGGCUGGAUGUGACUCACUCCAACCUCAUUCAGCGAUGGCAUGACCUCGUGUUCGACAGCAGCAUGACCGUUGGCCGAGUCAAAGAGAAGUUGUAUUUUCACGGUGGCACACCAGCGGCAGAUCAGGAGUUGUAUUUGAGACGUGGUGGUGGUGAUACCCUUUUUCUUUGGGAUGAGAAAAAGACACUUGGAGACUAUGGUGUCAAGAACGGUAUGGAGAUUCACAUCAAGGAUACAAAUCCGUAUUCGCUCUCUGCCAACGGAGGCUUGGAGGAUGUGAGUCAGGUGCAAAAGUAUGUCAUGGCCGACGAGGAGUAUGAGAAACUUGAAAACAGUGUUCGAGCCAUCAAAAGGCGAGAGAAGGAGAAGGCAGAGGCUGAACGUGCGGCUCGAAUAGCUGCUGGGGAGGUCAUUGAGGAGGAGCCCAGCGAGAGCUUGGAGGAGGUUUCUGUCCGAAUACCACUUGGGAGCCGCUGCCAAGUGCACCCCGGUGGCCGGCGAGGAGAGAUUGCUUAUGUUGGUUCCGUCAGAGGCGCCAAGGGCAUUUGGAUUGGAGUUGGCUUGGACGAACCUCAAGGCAACAAUGAUGGAUCAAAAGCUGGAGAGCAUUACUUUGACUGCAAGGGAGACAAGUAUGGUUGCUUCGUGCGGCCAGACAAUGUAGAGGUGGGCGACUUCCCCGAAUUGGAUCCCUUCGCCUCUGAGGAGGAGUUUUGA